CGAACGUGUCGUAUUUUUGAAAUCGGGCCGGCGCUCCUGCGGCAGCGGCAUCCGGAGAUUCGUCGCUCGAUGCCCUCGAGCCGCGAUGGACAUUUGUCGUCGUGAGUUCGGAGCUCGGAUGUCUGCUGCUGCUGCUGGCGAGGAAUGGGACGAGACCAGCGAUUUGCAAUUCGUUCGUUGGUCCGUCGACUCGUCGAGUGCGAUCGUUCUCGUGGCCUCGUAGCGCAUCAUCUGACACUCUUUCACUCUCCCGCCUUCAGAAUGGGCUCGACCCGUCACCAUCUUGUCCCCGCACAUGCCGUUCCUUGUGGGGGAGGAGGCAGACUCCACUUGUUCCCGCGGUGCAUGAGCUGACGGUCGACGUUUCGCUUCGGAGGAGGAGGAGGAGGAGGGGCUGACGAUUGAGGCCAGCAUUCUCUGAGAUUCUUCGACUCGCGUCGCUCCUGCUCGUGGUCGUCAGUUUUGCACCUUUCCCAUGAGCCGAACUUAUCUGCAGACCGUCCGCCGAUUCCGGUUGUGUGCAGAAUGUCCGAGUGAGUGAUACGUUGGAAUUUCGUUUGCCAUCUUGUUUCCUCUUCCCGCCAACUCCGUUUCUUUGAGCUCGUGGUGGCGAAAUGAACAGACGAGCAUCUGCCCUUGACUUGUGGCGCGUGGCAGAGCGUUCUCUCCAUGUUUGUGCGUUGAAUCGGUUCUGCUUCCUCGUCAGCUCAGAAUGUUCUGCUUCUCAGGCAAGAUGUCGUGCACUUCUGAGCCUUCCGAGGAAUAAAUAGCAAGCCCUCUGCGUAAGCGAAUUCCGGCAAGAGAAGACAGGCCUUGUAUCCAAAUUCUGAGGCUUUGAGAUAAUUCACCAUGGAGGACGAUGACACGAGCUGGAUGAAACUUGACAGCGGCACUCCCGAAGCAAAAUUUCCGCACACCACCGUCGUCAAGAAGCGCAACAAACUGAUCAUGCUGGAUGACCUCAUACGCGAAAGAGAGAAGAAAAAGAAGCAGCGUAGUAAUCUGACCCUCGAGGUGGAGAACGACAGCAGCGCAACAGAUGACGAGGAGGAUGACCCGGCGGAUAAGAAGGCUGAAAUUGUAAAGAAAAUGUUGAAAAAUCUUGAAAGCGAAUCUACUGCCGUGGACGAGAUAGUCAGUCUUCUCAACUGGGGCGAGAAAGUCUUCUUUUCACAGAAGCCCCUGGCGAAUCAUAUCACAUCCGAAGAGUGUCUCGCAUUAUGUCCAGAUGGGAUUCCCUCUGCAACGGGUUUGCUUCUCAGUGGUUUGCUUCGAUCUUUGGUUAUUUCCGAGGGUCGUUGUGACGAGGAAACAACGCGCUGGAUAUACUCACAAAUGAUCUACUCGCCAAGCGAGCAUCUGGAAAAAGCUGCCUGUCAGCUUCUGCGUGACCUUUUAAGUCUCGAGCGACCGGACAGGACUCCCGUCUGUAAACUUGAAUGGAUUCCAAACUUUACAGAAAUAACGGAAGUGUUCGGUAGCUACGGAUAUAGGAAGGCUACUCUUAUGAAAGAGAGCGGUUCUUGCUCAAAACAGGCAGAUGCUAACUGUCUUGGUGUGACGACUGUCGAUGGCCUACCAACCAAUGCUGAUCACGUAGAUGGUCCCCCUCCAAACAUACGCUCGUUUGUGGCGUUUCUGACAUCCUUCUUUCAGACAAGAAACUUCUAUCAAACGUUAUCAGCAUCUGAAGCAGAAGAAUUGUUAGUCACCCUCGUGCAUUGUCAACUGGAUCGUCGCAUGGAGACUAUAUCUUUUCUUUUCAAAUCGUGUUUAAAGGCCUUGGUGCACUACUUUACAGAGGAAGAGUGGGACCAUAGUUGUCCACGCAUCGCUGCAUCAUUUUACAGCAUCAGUUCGAAUUACAUGAACCAUCUGCGCGCCGUCAAGAGUUUACAUGCUGGAGACAAUCGGCUGUGUUCAUUGCAAAGAUCAGUAGUUAUUCAACUCCUGGGAAGAAGGUUAAAUAGAGAAAUAAAGAGUGCAGCGGAUGUAGUCUCCAUUUUCAAACCGAUAAGGACCAAGAAAAAGGAUUUCGAUUUCUUAGAACUAGUUUUCCAGCUUACUUCUGCAGACUUGUAUCUCUGGUCAGAGCCAGAAUUCGAACGAAAUGUUUCUGUCCACGCUGAUUGGCUUGAUUUUCUAAAAAGAUGCACGCUCAACAUUGCCAGUAGUGAUGAGAGGCCUCACGCGACUAAGGCACGCAACUUGGCAUCAUUCCUAUGGCAAAAAUUCCAGUUUGAAAAGUUUCAAAGCUGACACUUCAAAGCUGACAGCGAAGCCGAGUUUCUAUUAUAACUUCGACCCUGCGGGAACAAUCGCUUCAUUGAUGCUUGCUCUCUGUACGGACAGUAUACAAAAGGGUGUACUGACGAGAAGAAGCUGAAUCAUUCGAGUCAAAGCCAACUGCUAGUCUUCUUCCCUGGAAGUCCCACCGCCGGCUGCAAGUUAUCAACCGAAGUGCAGGAGCGCCUUGAAGAAAUUUCUCCGUCGUGUAGAAUCAGCCGAUGGCAACUGGUGCAUACUCUACUGCCUGGGCUGUUCUGUACAAAAGUAUCUUGAGAAAGUCAGUUCUCUCGGUCGGUUCACACACUCUCCGUAUCCACAUUUCUCUCUAAGGUAGUAGAAACUACCAUGUCAAAAGAAGGGUGGAGUUCCCUAGCAAAAAGGAGUUUUGGAAGGUAAGGGAACGCACUCAGUGGUCAAACUAGGAGGAUAUGGAAAUGUUUCCAUCCCAUUGUCCGUUGCAAAGCGGACUGCAGUACGCAGUUAUUGAGUCAGACAUGUAUCGAGUAAGUUGUAUUCACAUCAACUUGGAUUUGUCGCUCCUUCAACUUUACUUGUACAUAAUGUGAAAGCGCUCGUAGGGAGGAAUGGAAGUACGAGGAGUAAAACGUAUUGUUAUUCCGAUACUUCAACUGCGUAAAUUGUUCAAUUCAUCGAUCGUAUGUAGCACUAGUUUUAGGAACGUUGUUUACCGGGAAGUACAGUCUUUCAAGCCAAUUACAUCGAUUAUGUAUGUGCACUUGGGAAUAGACAUCAAUCAGGUUGAUGUACCAUCGAUUGACACCAGACUCCAGACUCAGUAAGUUUGUUCACCUUGCUCUACUCCUGCUCGAGUUGCAUCUCGUCGCUUUUUCUAAUUCUUGACUAGUACAAUCUGG